AUGUUGACACAUCGCUAUUUCAGGCUGGCCUCAGUCCUGGCUUGGGCCCUUUUCCCAUCACCCUUAUCGGCCUUGCCUUCUGGUGACACCAAGAAUGAUACUACCGUCCAUGACUAUGUUAUUAUUGGGUCUGGCGCAGGAGGAGGAACUUUGGCCGCAAGUCUUGCUCGAAAAGGGCACUCGGUCUUCCUAAUUGAAGCCGGAGGAGACCAUGGGACAGCUCCAAGUCAGCAAAUCCCAGCCUUGUGGCCUACGUCAGGGGAAGAUCCCGAAAUGUCCUGGAACUUCUAUAUUCGCCAUUACGCGAACGAGACACAAGGUCGUCGGGACAGCAAGUUUUCCUACCGUCUUGAAAAUGGCUCGAUUUACUAUGGACUUGACCCUCCGUCCAAUGCUACACCUCUCGGUACUCUUUAUCCUCGUGGAGCUACCUUAGGUGGAAGCAGUCAGACCAAUGCCAUGAACUUCAUCAAGCCACGCAAUGCCGAUUGGGACUACCUUGCGGAGCUCACAGGAGAUGAGUCCUGGGGAGCCUCGGCUAUGGAGGAAUAUUUCGAGCGCAUGGAAAGAGUUCAGUAUCUUCCCGAAGGUUCACCAAACCAUGGUUUCGACGGUAUCAUUUCGUCCAACCAGAAUAAUUUGACUUAUAUAACAGGCCGACCAGGGACUAGAGAUGUCAUGUCCAAUCUAGCACGCGAAAUAGAAGGCGUGGAAGUAGACACAGAAGGCUUAGGCGACCUGUUGCGACGCGAUGUCAACGGCGAAAAUACCUACACACCAGGUGUUUACCAGCUGGUUGUGAGCACUAACGGCAUGCGAAGACGAUCUGGCUCUAGGGACUUCAUCAUAGAUACGGCCAAUACCAAAGCCGAAAAUGGCUCGGCUGCUUAUCCUCUCACAAUCAGCACUCAUUCACUUGCGACCCGAAUUCUCUUUGAUGAGAAAAAGGAUGGUAUUCCCAACGCAAUCGGUGUCGAAUAUCUGGUUGGCGAAGGUCUUUAUGGCGCGGACAAGCGCUACAAUCCCGACCAGGCUGGGGUUCUACGACAAGUAUUUGCUUCGAAGGAGGUCAUUGUGGCUGGAGGCGCUUUCAACACGCCGCAAAUUCUGAAACUGAGUGGCAUUGGCCCUAGGGAAGAACUAGAGAAGUUCAACAUCCCCGUGGUUGUAGAUUUACCUGCAGUGGGCAAGUACCUCCAAGACCAUACUGAAGGUAUUCUAUUGGUUAACUCAUCGGUGCCCUGGGAGAACGACCCUAACGCACGAUGCACGAUGACCCUCGACGAAACGGACCCGUGCUAUACAGAGUGGCUUGAAAGUGGAAUCGGACCAUACGGUGAGGCCGCCGCUCCACUUGCCGUUCAAUACCGCUCCCAAGUGAGUGAGACAGAACAAGCAGACCAAUUCUGGUUUGGCUUUGCCGGUGUCGAGCUCCGAGGCUUUUACCCUGGCUACUCCAACCCAGUCCCCCAACCGUCCGUAUUCACAUGGGAUAUCGUCAAGCUACACCAACCUGGGGAUGGAGACCACGCGAAGGGCACCGUAACUCUUCGAUCCAAGGAUCCACGCGACGUUCCUGAGAUUGUAUUCGAUUGGCUUCAAGGAGACAUCGGCGAGCGUGAUCUGGAUUCUCUUGUGGAGGGCGCCGAAGUUGCCUAUCGUGCUUGGGAUGCGGCUCCCGCACCUUACAACCCGUUGACGAGACUCCAGCCUGCGGAGGGUGUUGACUUGCGCCAGAACCUCAAAGAUGAGGCUUUUGGGCAUCAUUGCAGUUCUACUUGCCGAAUGGGUCCAAAGGGGAACACCGAUUACUGCGUGGAUUCGGAGCUUCGCGUGAAUGGCGUCAAGAACUUGCGCAUUGUGGACGCUUCAGUCUUUCCCCACACUCCAGGCGCGUUUCCUGUUACCUCUGUUUAUAUGCUAGGCAUCAAGGCAGCAGACAUAAUUUCUGAGUCCACGAAGCAGCAGUGA